AUGAAGGUCCUCGCCGCCUGUUUCGUUCUCCUCUUUCUCAAUGUCGCGGAGUCGCGAGCAGUGGCCGGCGGCGGUAACGUUACUACGUCCAAGCGCCACCACGAGCACGGUCAUCACCACGACGGCAAAUGGUCGACGCACAAGCACAAGCUGUUCGUGUUCGGCGACGAGUUCGCGGACGCCGGCAACCUGGCGUCGGAAGCGUUCCUGGGCGGCUACUCCAAGUCGUGGCGCUACCCGUUCGGCAUGUCGGACCCGGCGCACGGCCGGAAACCCACGGGCCGGUUCUCCGACGGGCUGGUGCAGUCGGACUACAUGGCCAAGAUCAUGGGCCACCGCGAGUCCCCGCCCGCCUACAACGGCGACGGCUGGGACGGCGACGUCGUCGACCCUUCCAGCAUCAACUUCGCCGUCGGCGGCGCCGGCGUGCUGCAGGCGCCCCACGCCGCGGGCCACGUGCCCACGCUCCACGCGCAGUUCGAUGCGUUGAUGCCGAGGGUGGUGGACGAGCUGGCGAGCGUGGUGUCGCAGCUGCAGGACAUGGGGGUGACCAAGGUGGUGCACAACACGUUGCUGCGGGACCGGCUGGACGGCGACGACGACGUGAUGGUGCUGGACGUCUACACGGUCAUGAUGGACAUGGUGGCGCCGCCGGCCGAGGGGUCGGAGCUGUCGUCGCGGUUCGCGGAGCGGCUGCAGCCCUGCUGCGAGAGCUACGACGAGGACGGCGCCUACUGCGGCGACCCCGACGACCGGUACUGGCUGUGCGACAGGCCGGAGGAGUACUUCUACUGGGACUUCGUCAACCCGACGCAGGCCGGGUGGAGGGCCGUCAUGCAGAUGCUCCAGGGACCCAUCAUGGCCUUCCUUGGCAUCUCACAGCUCAACCACUUUUGA